AUGCGAGGCGAGAUCUGCCACAUCCAUAUAGGCCAAGCUGGCACGCAGCUUGGAAACGCGGCGUGGGAGCUGUACCUUCUUGAGCACGGUCUCAAACCCGACGGUCGACGUGACAGCGACAUCGCCGACGAGAUCGCCACCAGCGCCAGACACGAGACCUUUUUCACUGAGACCGCCGGCGGCAAAUACGUUCCCCGCGCUAUCUUCGCCGAUCUCGACCCGAGCCCAAUCGAUGAGAUCCGUACCGGCACCUAUCGCCAUCUUUUCCACCCCGAACAGCUGAUCAGCGGCAAGGAGGAUGCCGCCAACAACUAUGCUCGGGGCCACUACACGGUUGGCAAGGAGAUGCUGGACGAAGUCGUUGAUCGUGUGCGCCGUGUUGCGGACAACUGCUCCUCUCUACAGGGCUUUCUAGUCUUCCAUUCCUUUGGAGGUGGCACGGGCUCUGGCUUCGGCUCUCUUCUACUAGAGAACCUAGCCCAUGAAUACGGCAAGAAGGCCAAGCUGGAGUUCUCCAUCUAUCCCUCUCCCCGCGUGUCGACCGCGGUCGUGGAACCAUACAACGCGGUGUUGUCCACCCAUAGUACCAUCGAGCACUCCGACUGCUCUUUCCUAGUCGACAAUGAAGCCGUCUACAAUAUCUGUCGCCGUAAUCUGGAAAUCCCCCGUCCUGACUUUGAACACCUGAACCGCCUGAUUGCCCAGGUGGUCAGCUCUGUCACCUCGAGUAUGCGUUUCGACGGCGCUCUCAACAUCGAUUUGGCCGAGUUCCAGACCAACCUGGUGCCGUUCCCGCGUAUUCACUUCCCGUUGAUCUCAUACGCACCGGUUAUCUCUAGAAACCGCAGCUCCCACGAGAGCUUCAAGGUGCAGGAUCUUACCACCCAGUGCGCCGAGGCCGAGAACCAGAUGGUGGUCUGCGAUCCCCGCAAGGGCAAGUACAUGGCCGUGACCCUGAUGUACCGGGGCGACGUCGUGGCAAGCGACUGCACCCAGGCCGUGACCGCACUAAAGGCCAAACCUUCCUUCAACCUGGUCGAUUGGUGUCCCACCGGGUUCAAGCUGGGCAUCAACUUUUCGAAGCCUACGCGAGUCCCAGACAGCGAGAUGGCCCCUGUCGAUCGUUCGGUCAGCAUGCUUUCUAACACGACGGCUAUUGCCGAGGCCUGGGGCCGACUGGACCACAAGUUCGACCUCAUGUAUUCCAAGCGCGCGUUCGUGCACUGGUAUGUGGGCGAGGGCAUGGAGGAAGGCGAGUUCAGUGAGGCGCGGGAGGAUCUCGCAGCUCUGGAGAAGGAUUACGAGGAAGUCGCCGGAGACUCGAUUGAAGUCGAGAGCGAGCACGAGUACUAG